AUGGGUUUUCGUGAAUCUAAAAACAAGCUCGGUUCCCGCGUGCGGUCUGCGUUCGAUAGACUCAAGCCCUCCAAAUCAAGUAUGGGAUUGUCCAGCCUAAUGAACGAUGAUAGCGUGAUGGUCCGAUCAUCCUCGACGAUGCCGCUUCCGGUGUUAAGUCUUUCCUCCAGCAUAUCACAUCGAUUGGCUCCGAGUACGCUUUUUGAGCCUGAGGCUAUGAUGCGUGACGCUGUAACACACCACGAGCCUUGGAACUCGGCCAAGGCUAGCCAACAAUCUCGAGCUUCUACCCAGUCACACGUGGGGGUAACCGAAUUUGACAACUCGAACGUCCUCAAGAAGGUACUGGAACGUGAAGGACUGCUCGAGUCCCCCAUCAGCAUUCGUCUGGCGUCGCUCAUGAAGUCUCCUUCUGAGUCACAUCUGCCAAUACUUUCGGCGCCCUCCCCAAUGCUCUAUCGACCACUACUACGCUCUCAUAAAUCGGGGCCAUUUACGCCUGAGCUGGUCAAAAAUCCCGCAGGAAGUACACCGGGGUGUACAACAUCUAUCUCCACGCCCGACUCGUAUGGAUACUUUCCAAAGAUCGAGUCAGCAAUCAAUCAACCACCCUCUCGCGUCAGUUCUCCAAUUGCGGUGCGUCCGAAAAGCACCCUCACAAUGCCAUCGACAAAAGGCAAGGAGGUUUGGCGCACUCCCGAGAAUUCUACUACCCGAGCGGUGACUGGGAACGCAUCGCCUGUCCACCACUUCUUACGACGUCAAGUUCCCAUUCCAAAUACCCAACCGCUCUCUUCCAGGAUUCUACAAUCAAUAUUGUCAUCUCCUUCCGAUGAGGCUCGGUCAAGCUUGGAAUCUGACGCUGAGCUCAGCAGCUAUCUGGAGGGACUGUGUCCUGGUGGUUCUCCAAUGGAUCAGUACGUCCUUGACGCGGAGUCGGAAUCAGUAUUGUUGGCAACACAUGAGCUUUCAAGUUCGCGCAUCACAUGCGAGGCAUUGUCAACAAGAUCGCGUAACUCUUCGGUUUCGACGUUUAUGACUAACGUUACUGGCUACAUUUCAGACUCGUGA